CACUGAGAAGGGUUAUAGGUUAUUCGGACAUGUGAAGUUCUCCCUAGCUGCUGCACCUAUCUUUGACUGGGAAAUAAGAACCUUGCACCCGAUAUUAUGCAAUUUUCGUUAUCUCCCGCACACACUGAUAAGCACUUGUAGUCCGUCAGUGUUCACUCAGUGCGUAUGAGCGACGCUAUUCGGAACAAUAAGCCCGCUGGAAAUAAGCAUCCUGCUCUGUUGGACUGCUGCGGAGGACUCAACAACGUCGAUUAUUCGGAGAUGGACCUGACACUGAUGGAAGAUCUCCUAAAGCACAUUAACUUUCAUGACCCCAGCUUUUGCGUCGCUGUGAUCGCCAUCAUUUUCAACCCUUUCUUCUGGAAUGUGGUGGCGAGAUGGGAGCAUCGUACACGGAGGCUCUCCAGGCUUUUUGGUAGCCCCUACUUGGCCUGUUACUGCCUGGGUUUCGUCAUCAUUCUGCUCAACGUGUACCGCAGCCACAGUAUGACGGUAGCAAUGAAGGCCCAGACCCGGUGGGAGGUGAUGGACAGGACUGAUGUCUUCUACGUUGGUGUAACUCUCAUGGUGCUGGGCACACUGCUGGUAGUCAGCAGCUUCCUGGCUCUAGGAUUCACUGGAACCUUCCUGGGUGAUUACUUUGGCAUCCUGAUGGAUGAGAAGGUGACAGACUUUCCCUUCAACAUCCUGGAGAACCCGAUGUACUGGGGCAGCACUGCCAACUACCUCGGCCUGGCACUCAUUGGUGCCAGUCCUGUUGGUCUUGUCCUUACUGCCAUAGUGGCCAUAUCUUACAAGGUGGCGAUAGGAUUUGAGGGACCAUUCACUGGACAGAUCUAUCAGGAGAGGAGUCAGCGCUGCAAGCAUGAAUAAUCACCUCCCAUCUAAGCAUUUCCCGCUCCUGGAUUCCCAUCCUGUCAUGAGGACAGAAAAACUGAACAAUGAACAGACUUACCAGCAGCAAGCAUCAUUUAUCCACUUCCAGUGUGGAUUCGACAGCUACAGUCUCACUGCACUCCCUUCAAACGAAUGUGGAAGCUGCAUGGAGUCAUUUUGCUGAUGUAACUUUGAACCACAUGGUUAUGACAGAUUCACUUGGGGCUAGGAACACCAAGUUAAAGGACUUUUUUGUUUACUUGUUGAGAUGUGGAUGAGAAAAUUGACCCCACUCUCAUGUCCAUGAGUUAAACAUGGAGCUGGAGCCAGGAGGUGUUUAACUUAGCUUAGCCAUGCAAUCACCGUAAGCCUGACAGGCCACUGCAACAUUUGCUACUGGGCAGAAGGUCAUUCAUUAAGAUAUGAUCACCAUAUACAUAGUCUUUACGCUCAGCUAGGUUUACCUCCUCCUGACUCGAGCUCUUAUUCUUUGAGCCAUACUUGUGCUAAGUAAGUCACUAUAAUACUAAGUUAAUGGCCUCCAUGAAUGAGAUCCAUAUUUAAAACAUAUACAUGUGUGGUAUAUUUUUUUUUCCAAUCUUUUCCAAGAUAUCAUAUUAUUCCUUUAAAGCUUUAUCACGGUAGAUUUACUGCAUGUACAGUAAAAACACACCCACCACCAACAGCAUAAAUCAUAAAACUAUCUGCAACAGAAAACAGAAAACCUGUCCACCUUAACUGAGAAACUAUACACAGCCUGCUUUAAAAAUCAUUUCAGGUGUUGUCAUUGGAUAUAAAUUUUAGCACAUUCUGGAGUCAAAGAUGCAGAGCCAAAUACAAACUUGUGUACUAAUAGCUAACUUUCCACUGACUGAGGAACCUCCGCCUCAACAGAUGACAAGAAGAAACAGAAAUCCAGUCCAUAGUUCUUGAAUGAUACAUGUUUUACAGUAACCUUUCUAGAGCUGACUCUCUUCUGGCAGCAUUAAACGAUAAAAUGUAGGUCUCCUGUAGACAUUUUACAGGAAACACUUGGUCAGGAAAAGCACAGGUGUACUUAAUAAUAUUAACAAUGGCUUUGUUCCAUUUGGAUGCCACCAAUAGACCUAAAUGGAAUGGUUAUAAUUGAUGUUAAACAUUACACCUGUCUUUGACAAGAUAAGCUGUCUACUGUGAAAAAAACGCAAUUGUGUGCCAAUGGCCUUGUGAUGUUCAUGGCUAAUUUUUGUGAUAUUUGAGUUCUUUUCCACAUGCAUUACUUUGUCAACACAAACAGCAUUUUGACCACAGAUGCUGUGUUAUUCUUGACAAAAAAAAAAUCCAAAAUGUUUUCACCAGUUUAUCACUGCCAUGCUGCACUGCAGCAUUUCCUUCAGUAAAAGCUUACACGAUGAUUAUAGUGAGAAUACUGUUCUAGAAUUGAUGGUGUGACUGUUGUGUGUUGAGUGACAUCAUCCUGGAUCAACUGGUGUUACUGAAAAUCUUUGUCUUUCAACAAAUAACUAAACAUGAAAAAGAGUUUAAUGUCAUGAAGAACUCAGACCAGUGAUUCUGUACAGAGGAAAGUGUUAAGUCUGGUUAUCCUACAAAACCAACACAACCUUUAAUAUUAUCAUUGCUGUAACUACAAAUUCACAGUUCAGUGUGUUAAACCUGUUCAAUGUUAAACUUUGAAAUUUGAAAUGUCAGCUAUGAGCUGCAGCAAUAACAUCUUGAUGCUGUACCUAUACAAUCCAUUCCAAACUGAACAAUACUGCUUGGUGAUGUUAAUGGAAUAUUUUUAUGUAAUAAAAGAGUGAGUCAUGGUUCAGAGCGCUCGUCUUUUUUGCGUCUUAAGAAAUCAAAGCUGCUAAUGGAUGCUCUUAAGGCAAUACAUCUUACACUUUUACCUCUUAUGGGCAGCUGUGGGGGAAAACGAGGAAAGUGCUUCUUUAUCAUUGUGGUAAGCAGUGCUAAUGCAGCUGCUGUGAUAAAUGACGCAGUGAAUAAACAUUUGAUUUGACAUAUUAAAUAUGUAAUGGCUAUUACCAAG